AUGUCGGCAGAAAGCCCCGGCCAGAAGCAGGGCUUCAAGUCCAAGUUCAGCAAUGCCUUGCGCCCUAAGAAAUCCCGGCAGGUCCUCCGGAAGGGCAGCCGGUCCACCACUGAGGUGCCGCUGCCCCCAGGUCCUGAUCUCAACAAGCCACUGCCAGAUCCCGCUCCAUUGCAAGCCCACCGGCUCAAAUACAAGCAAAUGCACUCGCAGGUUGAUACUCAAUUGGGUGAGCGCCGCGACUAUACGACUAUGAUCCAUUCUUUGGGUCUCCUGGACCCAAUGGACAACUCCGGGCCGGUGGAAGAAGACAAUGAGAACCGUGAGCCUGGAGAGGGCGAUAUUGCCAAGCUGCCGCGGCGGCUGUGGGCCUAUAUUGCAUGGUUCCUGAGCCCGGCUGAUGCAGCUAGCUUAUCGCUUGCCAGCAUCACCCUCUAUCGACGGUUGGGAUUCAAUUACUUUAUGGUGCUGGAUCACCCGGCGAACUAUGACUAUAAAAUGGACUUCCUCGCGGGGAUCGACCGCGAUCUACCCCGGCAUCUCCUGUGUUUCCCGUGCGGGCGGUACCACCGACGCACUCAGGAAGGAACUGAACGACUCAAACCGUCGCAUGUCAUCAACCCGCUCUUCAACUGCCCCAAUGCGCAGAACAUGCUCAACCCUCCGCCGCGCCACCGCAUCACCCACGGCCGCACGCUCCCCUUCUCAUUUGUCCAGCUCGCGAUGCGCGCCCAUCGCUUCGGUCCUCACUAUGGGAUCUCGGUGGACUCGCUGGCACGGCGCUGGCAACGCGACGACUGGUCGCACAGCUCGCGAUACCUCGUCCACGACGGCCGGCUACUGAUGCGGGUAACAAGCCAGACCUUUGCGCCGGCAGGUCUCCCGCCAUCGUCCCAGCGGCUGCUUCUCCACUCGCGGGAGGACUACUGGCCGUUCUUCUCGGCCUGCGCACACUGGCGCGACGGCGAGCUGAUGCCCGCGUGCAAGUGUGCACUGAACCACAUCCCCAAGGCCCGCGACAACGGCGGGCUCCAAGCCGUGGAGCACAAGGUCAAAGACCGCUGGGCCGGGCGCCAACAUGACCCCAACGCGCUGACCACGCUCUGUGGCUUCUGUCGCCCGAUGCGCCGCUGUCCCGAAUGUCCCUCCGAAUACCUGAUCGAGGUCAAGCUUACCGAGGACCGCAGCGACCCGCGCAAUCUUCAGUUCAGGCAGGCUAUUGUCGUUACCCGCUGGACAGACCUCGGCGAUGGUACCACGCCCAACACCAUCGAAUGGGGCGCUGUCAACGGCCAGCGCGACGACUACGACUCGUUUCAACACUAUGAGAAGCGCGCCAUCGCCAGUAUCUUUGAGGCUGCCUUCACUGCGGAUGCGCUCCCGGGCCAGCGCAUCAUUUCCAUGAAUCCCAAGCAGAAGAAGCAGGGCGAAAAGGGUCAUGAUUGGUAUUAA